AUGUUUUUUUUGCUGUUAUUAAACGACAAACGUCAAAUAAAAAAAAACAUUUCAAAAAAAUGUUGAGCCAAAAAUUAUUGAUCUCAUCAUUGAUUUAUAUAUUCUAUAUUUGGUACAUAAAUCGUAUGUUUGAAAAUGAUCGUUCAUAUCAAUAUCUGACCGAAAUUGAACGUGAAAUGUCAAUGACAUCUGAACAAUCAUUAUAUUAUUAUUAUUAUAAAGCAUUGAUUAAUAAUGAUAAUGAUAAUAAUAAUUUGAAAACAUUUUCCGAAUUAUUAAAUGAAAAAAUAUUCAAUGAUAAUCGAUCAAAUGCACCAAAUAUUGUUAAUUCAUUUAAAAUAUUAACAAUAUUACCGGAAAUAUUUCUUGCCAUAUCAUAUCGUACAAUGCGUACAAUACUUAUUGAUUAUUUCAAUGUAGAUUUUGAUCAAGAUUGGCGUCGUUGUUAUCUUGUUGAAACGAUUGAUGAUGAUUAUAAUGAUGGCAGUGGUGGUGGUGGUGGUAAUGAAAAUCUUAUCUAUCAAAAUGAAUCCAAAUCAAUAAUAACAACAUGUGAAGGUAUUGGUGAACCAUUCUAUUUUUACAUUUAUUCUGUAUUCGUUUUGAAUGGUUUUGUACCUGUUUUAAUUGGUUGGUUAGCUUAUUAUUUAGCUAAUCAAUCAAUAUGUUCAAUGUUAAUGGCAAUGAUAAUGUUUUUAUUUAAUCAAACUGAAUCAUCACGUGUACAAUGGUCAAUAUCAUUACGUGAAAAUUUUGGCUAUCCAUUAUUUUUAUUUCAUCAAUUCUGUUUAAUCAGAUAUCUGUAUUGUGGGCGAAUGAAAAAAUCAUCAUCAUCAUCAUCUAUCAAUAAUAAACAAACAUUUUGUUUGCUACUAUUAAUUGUUACACAAUUAUUAUGUUGGCAAUUUUCAUCAUUCAUUCUAUUGAUACAAACAUUAUGUCUUUAUUUAAGUGUAGAAUUAUUACCAAAUAUUAUCAACGAUGACAAGAAUGUUUCAAUGGAAAAAUUUUUACAAAAAUAUUUCCUUAUCAAUAUUGCUGCCAUACUAUUACAAUCAAUGUUACAAUUGGGCAAUUUAUUUGUUCUAAGAUCUCCAUAUUUUUUAUUCAUUUCUUCAUAUUUAUCAGCAUCAUUAUUGUUAUCAAUGAUUACGAAUUUUUUUCCAUCAUCAUCACCAACAUCAAUGACAAAACGUAAACAAUCAUUCCUAAAACUUAUGUUUAUCAUUACAAUAAUGAUAUGGAAUGUAAUCAUUUCGAAAUACUUACAAUCGAAGAAUGAUGAAGAAUCCAAUGAAGAAUAUUCACAUAUAUGGACAAUAUUAAUGUCGAAAUUUUUCCCUGAAAAAUAUAAUAAUUUUCAUAGUUUUCUUUAUAUUUGUUCAAAAGAAUAUGAUUGGAUUAAAUGGCAAGAAUUAUAUUCAAUGUUAUUUACAAAAACAUUUAUCGGUCCGUUAACAAUAUUGGCAUUUUUAUUACAAAUUCGUUGGUUGUUUAUUGAUUGGAAAAAUUCCAAUUCAAAUCAUUCAAUAUUUAUAUAUCAUUUUAUGAUAACUGGUUGUUUCAGCAUAAUGGCAAUUAUGAUUAUGAGAUUAAAAUUAUUAAUGAUGCCACAAUUGGCUAUUUCGACUGGAUUAUUAUUUUCCAAUAAUGAUCAACAGAAUAAUCAUGAUAAUAAUGAUAAUCGAAUGGAAAAAUUGAAACAAAAUAAACGAAAAAAAUUUUGGUUUGAUUGGCUAUUACUCGGUACAAUCAUUAGUAUAAUAUCGAUAAAAUCUUAUCCAUUAAUGCGUGAAUAUUUGGAAAAUCAACAACAAUUUUCCAAUGAAUCAUUUGAACAUAUUUUAGAUGCUAUUCAACAACGAACACCAUAUGAUAGUAUUAUUGGUGGAUCAAUGUCAACAAUGGCAACGGUAAUGCUUUCGACUGAUAGAAAAAUCGCAAAUAAUCCAUUCUAUGAAUCAACAUCGAUACGUCAACGUACCUAUGAUAUUUAUCAACUGUACAGCGAACGACCAUUUAAAUUUAUACAUAAAAAUUUAUGUCAUUUAAAAAUACAAUAUAUAAUUAUUGAAACAAUUUAUUGUUUUGGAAAAUUUGGACAAAAUUGUCGUAUGAUUGAUAUUUGGAAAUAUGAAGAUAAACGUAAUGAUUAUUGGCAACAACAAUCAACAACAACGAAUGGUCAACAACGAUCAACAAAUGGUCAACCAGAUAAACAGGGACGACUAUGUCAACGAUUGAUUGGACGACGAUCAAUGAAUAAUGAUGAGAAUGGCAACGGCAACGGCAACGAGGAUGAUGAAAUUUUCAAAUAUUUUCAACCAAUCGCUUCAAAUGAUCUUUAUUAUCUUUACAAGAUUGACAAUUGUUAGAUGAAAUGAUCAUUUCAUUUCGUUUUCUCUUUUUUUGUUUGUUUGCUUGUUAAAUUUCAUUUUCAAAUCAUUUUUUUUUCGAUUUGAUUUGACAUAAUCUU